AUGCCGGGUUUGUCGGGCCUCUUCAUCGCUGGCAUCUUCAGUGGUUCCCUGAGAACCGUCUUGUGGGCCGUCAACUCACUGGCUGCCGUCGCAUUGGAGGAUUACUUUGAGCCACUGUACGUGCGGUACCGGGGCCACCCACUGGCGGAGUCGCGGUCGCCGCUUGUGGGGAAGCUGCUGGCACUGGUGUUCGGACUGCUGUUCCUGGGACUGGCCUUCAUGGCGCAGUUCCUGGGUGGCGUGCUGCAGGCGAGCCUCACGAUAUUCGGCGCCAUCGGCGGACCCGUGCUCGGCUUCUUCUCGCUCGGCAUGUUCCUGUCCCACGCCAACGAGCCGGCACGUACUCCUCGUCCUGCUGCCUCGCCAGAGACUCUGCUAGAGAGAUGCCUGCAGACUCUUUUGACUAUUUUUCAUCCCCUCUUCCCACUGAACGCCUACUGCUACGUGACGGUGUUGCAGGGAGCCAUAACGGGCCUUGCCACAGGGCUCGCCUUCUCCAUGUGGGUCGGCUUCGGCGUCCCCCGGCCGGACGCAGUGAGGCUGCCCACGAGGAUGGAUGGCUGCGAUUUCAACAUUACGGCCACACCGCCGCCGCCCACCCAGGACGCCAGCGAGUACUUCUACCUGUACUGCGUGUCGUACCUGUGGGUCGUCGUGCUGGGAUUCCUGCUGACACUCGUCGUGGGCGCCGUCGCAUCUUGGGUGGCGGGCGUCACCUGCGAGGGGGACCGCAGCGUGCCGCCGCCAGACCCCGACCUCUUCGUGCCGCCAGUCCGGGGGGCGCUGCUCGGCUCCAACCCGGUGCAGCUGACACGUGUGGCCGGUGACCUGUCCAAUGGUGUGGGACCAGCUGCAGACACCAAGAGCCAGGAGGAGCCACUCAAUGGCAUAGGUGGCCACCACGUCACCCCAAUGUGA